CUGGCGAUCCGGCGUGUGGUGGGCCAUGGUGCAGCUGCGGCCUCGCCCGUCCCGCACCCCGGCGCCGGCUGAGGCGAUGGUGGACGAAGGCCAGGCGGCCUCGGAGGAGGAGGAGGCGGAGCUCGGGCUGCGGCUGGGGCAGCCGAGCAGCGGCGCGGCGGCCGAGCCUCUGGAGGAAGACGAGGACGCGGACGGCGAGUGGGACGACGAGGCCCCGGACGAGCUCACGUUCGCGAACGCCCAGGCUGAGGCGAGGGAAGAGGAGCGGCGAGUGCGGGAGAGCGCGCGCAGGGACAAGGCGCUGCUGAAAGAGAGAAGGAAGCGACGCGAGGAGCUGUUCAUCGAGCAGAAGAAAAGAAAACUCCUUCCAGAUGCCAUCCUAGAACAGUUGGCUGCAGCUCCACAGGCCACUGUAAAGAAAUUACCAGGAAAGCAGAAAGAAGCUAAUUUACAAAAGAAAAAAGAAGAACGUGAAAAAGAGAGUGACUCCAAGAAAGUUAAAGUGCAGAAAAUACAGUCUGUCGGCCAGAAUAAAAGUUAUGUGGCCCUGAGGCUCAAGGACCAAGAGCUGAGAGAUGCGAGGCAGCAGGCAGCCAAGGCCUUCCUGCAGCAAGCUUUAUAUGGCCCAGGAACCAGGAGAACUACCGUAAAUAAGUUUCUGUCUCUGGACAACAAGCGCUCAGCAGUGAAGAAGGCUGCUGCCCAGUUUCUGAAUGACACCUGGGGAACCCAGAGAAAACAAAACGCCAAGAAGUUUAAGAGACGCUGGAUGGUCAGAAAGAUGAAAACUGCUAAGAAAUAAAUCUAAUCUAAAUGAAAAAUAUGCAUUCUCUAUGUAUAGAAUUUGAAAGUGUAACAAUUAUUUUCUCU